AUGUCUGCCGAACGACGUGCUGUACCAAGCACAUCGACUACCACCGCCGCAAACGACCCUGACUCUGUGCGGGCCGCGGAGCCCACCCAACCCGACAUCGUGCAGCCCGACAUCGUGUUCCACCCAGACUUCAACACCCCACCUACCGCGACCAUAUUCCAGAGCAGCGACGACAUUUGCUUUCGCUUCGACAUCGACAUUCUGGCGCCCGUGUCUGCAUUCUUCGCCGACCUGCGUGAUAUUGGUGGCGCUCUCGUGCCAAACGACAGCAAUGCCGUCAUCCCCCUUCCGAACGCAACUGCCCGCGCUCUAAGCUUCACCUUCCGCCUUCUCAGCAUGCAUCUCAACUUGCGGGCCCAUGAAGUCUUAGACUGCCCCGACGAAAUAGGACUUGACGAGUUCAUUGAUGUCAUCAAGGCGUACGACCUCGGCAUGGCGGCAAAGGCGUUCUUGGACGCCCGGUUCUCGGACGGGCAUUGGGUGCUCUCGCCCAUCCCCGUCGCUCGCCUGGUUGUGGCGUCCGUGGGCGGUGCUGCUGGACCGAGCUCCAUGCCCUUGUCACUGCUGCUCGGUUACAACAUCAGCGGAUGGGCACUGAGGCACAUCUCAUCUACCCCCAUGUACAAGAGGGCCCGCGAGAAGGGGACAGUAGCAUUGCACAGGCUGCUCAAGAACUUCACGGCGGCGGUCGCGUCCGGAAAGACGGGCAUGAUCGGUUACCAUCAAGACAUUGUGUCUCACAAUCUCGACCAGCUGAUGAUGAUGCUCCCGGGCCACGCACUUUACAUCGUCUCGGGCAUCAACUUUAUCGACAACAGCCUUAAGAAGCCCGGUCGGGUGCUCUUGCGCCGCGAGCUGCGUCGUCUGGACACCGCUAUCCAUGAGUGA